UUGGAACAAUUUUUCAGUGCUGAACGUCUCAAUCUGUACCUUGACCGUCAGGAAUGCGAUGACGACGAAGAACGCGAAGAGGAGGCUGUCGACGAAUCACUGAAGAAAAAGAAGAAAAAGAAGAAGAGGGACGAGUGGAAACAGAAUUCAUUGCAGAAUCUUCGCAUAGUACUACCUCAUGUCGGCCUUGUCAUCCUUUCCGCUACUUACACGUUACUGGGUGCAGCGAUUUUUCACCAUUAUGAGAAACCGUUCGAGGAGUAUCUACGGAACGAGACGGCGCACAGGGUGCACUCGUUGAAGCAGCGGAUCAUCGACGAUCUGUGGGAGAUGAACAGAAAUGGCACUCCGUACACCUUGUGGGCCGAACGAGCGCAGAUCGCAAUGGACGACAUUAUUCGUGAUGUAUUUAUUGAUUACACUAGGAACUACAUGACUCCUGAAGACGUUAUUACUGGCUCAGGCCCAUUUAAAUGGUCUUUUGGUUCUAGUGUAUUCUUUUCAUGGACUGCCAUUACAACCAUCGGGUAUGGUCACAUCGUUCCGCGAACCAACGCUGGGCGAAUAGCUAUAAUUUUUUAUGCAUUAUUCGGCAUACCUCUCAUUUUGGUCACCAUUGCUGAUAUGGGACGCUUUUUAUCAGGAGGUAUUAUUUGGGUACACAACACAUAUCGGAAUUUCAUGGACGCAUGCUACUCUCAGUGCUGGAAGUGUAUCAAGUGCAUGUGCUGUCGAUUUCGGCAAAAACAACGCCGAAUUCAGUUGACAUUCUAUCAAUCAUGUGUUGUUUCAAAGAUGCCGACGAUCGAAUUAUUGCAAAAACAACGACAAAUGUACGGCACGGUGAUGGAGACGCGAAAAGCGCACGACAACCGAUCCGAAGCCGGCACCUUCGAGGAUAUCUCCGAAAUCCAGACACACAUCUCGGAGCAUGGCGGAGGUCCGUCCGAAGACACGCGAGCCCUGGCCGAAGAGCUCGAGCCGGAGGUGCCGCACCAUGAACGGCGCGUCUCGGUCGUGUUCAUCCUCAUCGUCAUGCUUGGUAAGUCCUCGCUAACGUUAGACCUCUUUUUCGGUUUUUAG